AAUCUGGUUCUAUUCCAGCGGAAAGCAUGCGUCAAAAGGUCAAAUCGCCCACGCUUUUGAUAUGGAGGAUAAAAACGAAGAUAAAAGUAGACUUCUUUCUGGAGCAGGUCAAGCACCAGCACCUUCCUAUAGCCAGCCAGCUGCUCCCCCUCCUCCUUACUACCAGCCAGGGCCUGGACAGCAGCCACCACCUCCUAAUGUCCCUCCUUCUCAAGCCAACACAAUACUUGUGCAUCAGGCUCAACCAGUGGUCUAUCAAAGGAGAGUCCUAGUUCCUCCUGAUUAUACCUACUAUGCCAUCAUUGGGACUAUUUUCUUCUUUCCACUUGGACUCCUUGCAUUGUACAUGGCAAACAAGUCAAAGGACAGUGUAGCUGCAGGUAAUAUUGAUAGUGCUUGGGGUGAAGCCAUCACUGCCAGAGUCCUAAGCCGUAUUUCCAUCUCUUUUGGGAUUUUCGUAGUGACAUUGAUAAUACUAGCUAUUGUGCUACCACUGAGUCUGUAAUCCUCCCUGCCUGUGUGUGUGUACAUGAAGGAUUAUUGUGUUAUUUUGACUUUAAAGACUAUCUAUUAUAGUGUUUUCCCCUCGCAAUAAAAAUAACUAUUGUUUAUAUUAAAUCUUGUGGGAUUUCAAUCCUAUUUCAGAUUCAAUGAGCAGUA